UAAAAUCCAACAUCUUAAAAAACAACACAUCUACAAACACACAAUGUGGUGAAAUAGUUACUAUUUGUUUAUGUUUGUGUAACGUCGUGAGAAUGUGUUCACAACAUUGAUCUAGUGUGCUACAGUCCAAGUCUCUUUCGUCAGUUCAUGUGUCGUUCUAGUUUAAUAAAGCCUUGUUUUAGGUUACUCUUCAGUGUUCCUUUAUUUCUUAUUACAAUUUAUUAAACUAGAAAUUUUCAAUUCCAUGGAUCUGUGUGCCUCACGUAUCUUUUUUGGAUUUUCGUUCAACACUAUUCUCAGUCUGUAAGUAAAAGUAGUAAUACAAAUGGAACGUCUAUUUAGGCCAAAAGAGCUGGACAUAGAGCCUAGCUCGCCAUCGGCUGCCGAGAAGUGGCUGCACUGGCUCAGAACAUUUGAGAAUUUCAUCUCCUCAGUCUCUCACUGCGAGAUUGACAAAAAGAAAUUACUGGAAAACUACGUUUCUUCGAGCGUAUUUCAGUACAUAAGUGAGUGUACCACGUUCGAUGAAUCAAUCAAAGUUCUACAAAAUGUCUACGUGAAGCCUAAAAGCGAAAUUUUUGCACGGCACAUGAUAACUCUUUGUCGACAAGAGAACGGACAAACCGUUGACUCCUUCCUACUUAAGCUUAAAAGUAUGGCCAAAGACUGUGACUUCAAAGCUGUCACCGCUGAAGAACACAGAGAUAUCUUCGUAAGAGACGCCUUCAUUACUGGACUGGCUUCAAACAGCAUAAGGCUGCGACUCUUAGAGAAAUCUACUCUAACUCUACAGUGCACCUAUGAAGAGGCAAGACAACUCGAAUAUGCCCAUAACCAUGCCAUGGCGUAUAACAUCCACUCUGAAACUCCCUGUGGAGCUAGCGCCGACGAGGAGAGCCUUUCUCCAACGACAAAAGUAGAACACGAGGUGAGUGCGGCGACUAGUAAAAGAUGUUUCUUUUGUGGAAACAGCCCACAUCAACGCUUUAGAUGUCCGGCCCGCGACGCUACAUGCAACCUGUGCGGUAAGAGGGGCCAUUUCCAGAAAGUCUGUAGAUCGACCAGACAGACACUCAAAUCUAUAACCUCAGCCAUAGUGAAAGCAGAUGAUGAGACGUCUCGGACUACAACCGUUGGAUCUUCCUGGGCAUCGACACCAGCGUCCGGUCUUACUAAAUCUACUAUUUCAAUACUCGUCAAUGGAGUACCAUUGAAGGCUCUCGUAGAUACGGGGAGCAGUGAAAGCUAUAUAUCUUCUUCAAUUGCUAAAAGGUACAAAUGGAAAUUAGAAACGUCCAGAAACAGAAUCUACAUGGCCUCUACACAUCUUUCUCGCACUACUCACGGCCAUAUUUUCGCUAAAAUAAAGUACAAAGAUGAACAAUAUGAAAGUGUUAAGCUCUCACUACUAGAUGGACUAGUAUCUGAUGUUAUCUUAGGGCUAGAUUUCAUCAGCCAGCACGAAAAACUGAUGAUCCCAUUUGAAGGAAAACGAAGCACUCUCCAGGUCUGUACGCUGAAAGCUGCACGAGUUGAAGCCCCUCGCCUCUUCGCUAAUCUGGCCCCUAACUGCCAUCCCAUAGCCACUAAAUCUAGAAAAUAUUCUAUGCCUGACUCCAAAUUCAUUCAAACUGAAAUCAAGAGACUUCUAUCUGACAAAAUUAUUGAGCCUUCCACGUCCCCGUGGCGAGCCCAGAUAAUUGUAACAACGAAUGAAAGGCACAAAAAGAGAAUGGUUAUCGACUAUAGCCAAACCAUCAAUCGAUUCACUUACCUCGACGGGUAUCCCGUGCCAAAAGUUGAUGAACUGGUGCAGGAAAUAUCUAAAUACUCAAUGUACAGUACAUUUGACCUCAAAAGCGCUUACCACCAGAUACCUAUCAGGGAUGAUGAAAAGCAGUACACGGCGUUCGAGGCUGGCGGAAAGCUUUAUCAGUUUUGCCGCAUUCCUUUUGGAGUGACAAACGGAGUCGCCGCAUUUCAAAGGACGAUCAACACAAUAAUUGAGGAGGCAGGGCUACAGGACACGUUCGCUUACGUGGAUAACGUUACCAUCUGCGGACUUGACUCCAUUAGCCACGACCAGAAUCUACAGAGAUUUCUCAAUGCCGCUAAAAAGUACGGUAUCACCUUCAACAAUGACAAAAGUGCUAUUGCGACUAAUAAAGUAUGCCUCCUAGGCUACGAAAUCUCACAAGGGCAAUUAAGACCAGACCCCGAAAGAUUUCAAGCAUUGAGAAACCUACCUCCACCACAAGACAUGAAAUCACAAAAGCGGGUGAUUGGACUACUGUCCUAUUAUUCUCAAUGGAUCCCAAAUUUCUCCAACAAGAUCCAUUUAUUGGUGAACAACAAAGCCUUUCCUCCCCCUGAACAAGUACAACAAGCUUUUAAACAGCUAAAACACGAACUUGAAAACGCUGCUGUGUCGACGAUAGACUACAAUCGACCAUUAACAGUCGAAACAGAUGCCUCUGACAUCGCGAUUGCUGCCACUCUUAAUCAAGACGGCCGUCCUGUCGCCUUCUUUUCAAGAACACUCACUAAUAGUGAACGCAGACACUCAGCAGUGGAAAAGGAAGCAUACGCUAUCGUAGAAGCCCUGAGAAAAUGGCAACAUUACCUUAUCAGUAGACCCUUCACAUUGGUUACAGAUCAACGCUCAGUGUCUUUUAUGUUUGACCAGCAGAACAAGGGCAAGAUCAAAAACGAAAAGAUUCAAAGAUGGCGACUGGAGCUUAGUUGUUUCCAAUAUGACGUCGUAUAUCGACCCGGGAAACAAAACGCUGCGGCGGAUACCUUUUCAAGGAACCACUUUGCGUCAGCAAUGACUGGAGAAGACCUCAAACUGUUACACAACAACCUCUGUCACCCAGGGGUCACGAGACUCCUCCAUUUCGUUCGGACUAAGAACUUACCUUUUUCCUGCGAGGACGUCCGCAAAGUGGUAAACCAAUGUAAAACUUGCGCUGAACUGAAGCCUAGAUUCUUCAAACAGUUUUCAGGCACCCUCAUCAAGGCUACCCAACCAUUUCAGAGAGUAAGCAUUGAUUUUAAGGGGCCACUCCCAUCUGCUACUCACAACAAAUACUUAUUAACAAUGGUGGAUGAGUACUCACGCUUCCCAUUUGCCUACCCAUGUCCCGAUAUGUCCUCAUCUACUGUCAUAAAGUGUUUAAAUCAGCUGUUUUCCUUAGUUGGGAUGCCGGAGUACGUCCAUUCUGACAGAGGUACGUCCUUUAUGUCGAGGGAGGUGCAAUCCUUUCUGCACGAGAGGGGAAUAGCUACAAGUAGAACAACAGCUUUUAAUCCUUCAGGCAAUGGACAAAUUGAACGACUAAACAAAACUCUAUGGAACGCUGUUACUUUAGCACUGAAAGACCUCGAUCUCCCGAUCUCAAGAUGGGAGCUUGUCUUGAACCAGGCCCUAUACUCGAUUAGAUCAUUACUAUCUACGGCAACAAACGAAACUCCACAUGAGAGAGUUUUCCGGUUCAACCGGAAAUCCUCCUUCGGGAUAUCUAUCCCCACUUGGCUAUCUAGCCCAGGUCGAGUGUUGCUGAGAAGAGAGAACCGAUCUUCAAAGUAUGAUCCUCUCUCGGAGGAAGUCGAAUUGCUGAUGUGUAACCCCCAAUAUGCCGUCGUACGGUUGCCCAGCGGUAAAGAGGAGACGGUCUCUCUAAGACGCUUGGCUCCCACCCCCUCCCCAUCCACAACAACAAGUGAACCUUCGUUCUUCCCUCAGAGUGAGGAUAAUGAAUAUCCUCCAGAAACUCAAAACACGGAAGUACCAGCCAACACCCCUACGGUGAUACAAGAAAGGAAAGAACCCCUGGUAGGCUCUGAGGACCUCCGAGCGCUUCCUCUUGAAAAUACCCCACUUGACGCUCAGGAACUCACUAGUGACUCCCAAACUGUAGAACAGGAUAGUCAACCCCGUUACAACUUAAGAGAGAGAAGAACCAGACCGAACUAUAGAGUCUAGAGUUGUUUCUUUAUUGCACUACCUAUCUUCUACAUAAACUGGCAUUGUUUAUCUCUUGCUACUGAUACUAGAGUUUACUUUUCACUUACUUACGUGCAUGUUUACUUACUACACUAUUUGUUAAUACUUAAAACAGAAACUAGUAAUUGUUUAUAAGUCAUACAACAGAUACUGGUUUUUAGGUUUCUUUGUAUCACCAUUUAUUAAUGUUUACAAGAGAAAUUAAUAUUUCGACACUGUUUAUUGAUCUAUUAUAUUACAUGCACUGGCAUUCUCUUUUUAUUUAUGCUAUUGGCCUACUAUAUUACUCUACUUGCUAUUUUAAUUCUAGGCGGGGUGAAUGUGGUGAAAUAGUUACUAUUUGUUUAUGUUUGUGUAACGUCGUGAGAAUGUGUUCACAACAUUGAUCUAGUGUGCUACAGUCCAAGUCUCUUUCGUCAGUUCAUGUGUCGUUCUAGUUUAAUAAAGCCUUGUUUUAGGUUACUCUUCAGUGUUCCUUUAUUUCUUAUUACACACAAAUAAUUAAUACAUGGACUAAUACAAUGAAUAAAUAUUUAUAAAAUUGUUAAAAAUAAACAUGAAGAGACUAAAUGUUUAGGAUCAAAACUAUCAUGACUUCAAUGUAAACAAAACCACCAAAACCUAGAUGAAUUGAUAUGCUCAAUACAACUAGCUGGAGAACAAAAUUUAACACAAACUGUAUUUUACUAUCAUUACCUGAGUCAUAAGC